UCACACUCUCAGGUCUGACCUGACACAGGCACAGUGUUUAGAGUGGAACGUGACUAACAUGGCGAACAUUGAGUUUUAUUACUUUACGGGAAGCGGGCCAUGCCGUUCUGUCCUCAUGACAGCCAAGGCUCUUGGUGUACCACUCGAGUUGAAACAACUCGACUACUGGAACAAACAACAUCUUAGCCCAGAGUUUACUGAGAUAAACCCGGAUCAAACUGUCCCAACAAUUAAAGAUGGAGAAUUCACACUUUGGGAGAGCCGAGCCAUCAUGCGCUACCUGGUAGGGACGUAUGGGGGUGAGGACAACAGCCUGUACCCCCAGGACCUAAAGAAGAGGGCAGAGGUGGACCGCCUCCUGGACUAUGACCUGGGGGUCUUCCACAGAACCAUGUUGGAGGUGGAUGCCGAUGAAAGACAGAACCGAACCAACGAAAGAACAAGAGGAGAAGGUUGUCAAGGCUUUCACACGGAUUGAUACACUAGUCAAAGAUAAGAAGUUCCUGACAGGAAAUUGUCUCACCAUUGCCGACUUUGCUAUCGUAAUUGGCUUUGGAGCCGAAUACAUCUAUCGAGGGGAUAUGUCAAAGUACCCGAAUGCCAUGGCAUGGUACAAGAGAAUACAGGAAUUACCGUACUAUAAAGAAGUGAAUCAGUCAUAUUAUGACUUGGUGGAGUAUAUGAAAACACGACCAGCUGAAAAGUCCUGAAAAGUCGUGAAACAUUAGCAAAACAUGAAUACUUACAGAUCCACUGAAGUGUAAAGAUGACAAAAGAAGAGAAGAGGACCACAAUAUAUUAGUAGAAGAUUUUUUUUACAUGUCAGUGUCACAUCAUUCAUCUGUAUAAACCAAAGUCGAAUCCAUUAACUAAUGCUGGAUCCCUAUUGAAUUGUUUCGGAAAUGAUGACAAUAAAGAUUUACAGCAUA